AAAAUAUUUAAAGAAAAGCAACGAAAAUCAGAGACUGUGAAUGUAAGUGAUCUGUCUGCAGAAGACAUUAAACUGCUGAAAGAUUUCAAGCAGGAUUUAGCCAGCACCAUCAGUACGUUAUUGGCUGAUGCUUUGGUGGAAGUUUUCCACCAGACGUUCUCCAGUCACAUUGUUUCUAUUGUUAAAGACAAGGCAAAUGGUGUUAUUGGUAAAUAUGUGAGAAAGGGUUUAAAGAGUGAAAGAACAGAGGAAAAGCUCAGAGCUGGACAGAACAACAGAUACAUUGCAUACAUGCCAAAACACCCCAAUUCUAACCUAAAAGUUGAAGGACAGGCAGGUCAGCGCUCACGAUCACAUGCUGAAAAGAUUAAGAACUCCACGACUGCAGGCACCAUCCUUGAUAUCAGAGUCCUGUCAGAAGCCACUCGCACUAAAGUUGUCAUCCUAACAGAGGACAGCAAUGGAAGACUUACCAAAAUGCAAGAGCUGAGCCCAGACACUAGACAUGCCAAUCAAACCGUGACUCUGAUCUACAGACCAAAGAGUGACCAAUACCCCGAUGGCCAUUAUGAUGUGCACAUCAAUAACCAGACAGUGCGCAUAGACAACAAAGGCAAGAACUGUCUGUUUUCUGCUUGGGCACGUGGAAUGAAACCACAAGCCAGUGAAGAAGAGAUCACUUUGGAAGCAAAUCGUCUUCGAUCUGUGGAGGCCGAUGCUCUCCUCAGACACCCAGGCCAAUGGGAGCCUUUCAUCAAGCGGAAAGAAUUAACUAAAACGAUCAGGGGAGGGGACUGGUACAUGUUAGAGGGAGCUGGAGUCAGAAAAUCCAUAAAAGAAAGCACAGAGUUCUAUCGGAAAGAAGUUGGAAAAGUGAACAAAUACAAAAAAUGUCGACAAUAUGCAAGAAAAUAUCCAGGAAUUGGACAAAUCCUCAAUGCAGAUCACCAGCCACCAGUCAGUAGCAUACUGAAUGCACCCAAGCAUAACCAGAAUAGCAGAUUAGCAAAAGCCAUGCUUGAAGUGGCAACAAACUCGUCUACUGUGAAGAUUUUUGAUGUACGCAAAAAUCAUGGUCUUGAACUCCCAACAGUUUAUGUACCUAAAGAAAUACAUCUCGAAUUUCCCAGUACAAAAUCAAGAAAAUUCCAAGAACACUUGGCCAAGACAAUAAGUAAAAAUGAUAUUGUGGGCACCUUCAAGCUGACGAUCCUUGGUUCAAUGCCAAGAUUCUGGUUGGAUCGUAACAAGGACUUCAAAAACUUUCAGAACAACCCAAUGAGUAAAACUAGGCUUGACACCUUCAACGACAGUUUUCAGAACCACAGCACAGAGAUGGUAAAGACAUGGUUUUCUCUGCUUCAAAACAAAGGUGUUAUGACCGAAGACCAUCUAACUACCAUUAAUAAUUGGAUCGCUAACCAGGGCUACAAAAAUCAAAACGAUCCACACAGGAAAGACGUUGCCAACCUCCUCUGAUGAAAAGUUUGCGAGAGAAGAGAAUGUGACUCUUACAAGCAAAUGAAGUACAGUGAAAACCUGGAGAUCUUCCACCUGCCUAAUCAUCAUUAUCAGAUAUCUCUGUGCCUUUGGUUUAAUUUUAACUUAAUUUUUGUGCUUAUCACAGAAAAAAAGAAAGUCCUAACUGCUUGUUUAGCCAUUAUAGCUUAAUGUAGAUUGCAAACUUAUGAAAGGUUUUGUUUUUUUGUUUUGUUUUGUUGCGCACAAAGAGCACACUAAAAUGAUGCAACAAAGUAUUUCUUGUAGUAAAUUACUAAUCACU